AUGGCCGAGCGCAUUCUCUCGCUACUUCAUCGAGAACACGGGUUGGACGCUGCCUGCAUUGUUCUCCAUCCCGCGGGACCUGAGAGACUUGGCGGGAUGAUGUGUGCUGACCUCCAUGGACCACCGAAUUCGACGGAGCAAAAUGAGUGCAAGAUGGAGGCAGCCAGGGUAGUUGCGAGAGCGUUUUCAAACUGCAUGACAGAUCGAGUCUCGCCUCCUGAAGAGUCACGCAAAUGGGGCGUUUACUAUAUUGUCGGGCUUGUCAUGAAAUGCUACUUCAAGGUCAAAUGGAUUUCUCUGACCAAGAACAUUAUAAAGGCGCUUGAGAAUACCAACGAUAUACCCGAACUUGCAGAUUACCCACGGGCACACCAGGUCACUUAUCGCUACUACAUUGGCAUGCUCGCAUUUCUUGACGAAGAGUUCUCCAAAGCGGAGCAGGAGCUGACGUUGGCGUUCUACCAGUGCACAACGAAAGCGCACAAGAACCAGACUCGUAUCCUCACUUAUCUUAUUCCCCUUCGCAUACUUCGAGGUCAUCUCCCGUCUCAAGACCUUCUCGGACGUUUUCCGAUCCUCGCAGACCUCUUCUUGCCAUUCAUAUCCGCCAUCCGAGUAGGCGAUCUUGCUGCGUUUGACUCUGCACUUGCCGCUCGCGAGGCCAAACUUAUCGACCUCAAUCUGCUUCUUACCAUCGAAAAAGCUUGUGAACUCUGUAUGCGAGUGGUCUCCCGUCGAGUUUGGCUCCUCGAGAAGAAAAGCACGCGCAUGCACCUCAGGCUGUUCCAUGCUGGCUUGCUUGUGUCCGGCUGGGAUGUCGAUGUCGAGGAGGCUGAAUGCUUGGUGGCGAAUAUGAUCUACAAAGGGUUCAUUCGCGGGUACAUCAGCCACGAGAAGUAG